UAAGACCCCCAGGAGGAACGUCCCGAAGAAAGCAUAUGACAGCAAUCUGAUGGACCCUGUUGGGGUGUACUGCCGGGUGCGCCCAGUGCCAGAUGCAGAAUGCUGCAUCGAAGUGAUCAACAGCACCACCGUCCAGGUUCACCCUCCCGAUGGGUCCCGCACCAACCGCAGCGGGGAGUAUAAAGAGGUGCAGUAUUCGUUUAAAGAAGUGUUUCGCCCCAACACCUCUCAAAAGUGGGUUUUUGAUACAGUCGCUAGACCUCUUGUAGAAGACCUAAUCCAUGGAAAAAAUGGUCUCCUUUUUACGUAUGGUGUCACGGGGAGUGGAAAAACCCACACAAUGACAGGCUCUUCAGGCGAUGGGGGGCUCCUUCCCCGGUGUUUGGACGCCGAUCUUCGGCGUUUGCCGGACCGUUCCAGGCUACCAAAGAUAUAUAAGGUUUUUAAAUUGGACGAGAAGAAUGGAGUGGACAUUCAGUCUGAGGUUGACGCUUUGCUGGAGCGGCAGAAGAGGGAAGCUCUGCCGGUCCCAAAAACUCCGUCUGGCAAGCCUCCGCAGUCCAAGAUUCUCCGGGAGGAUCAGAACCACAACAUGUACGUUGCCGGCUGCACAGAAGUCGAAGUGAAAUCUACGGAGGAAGCUUUUGAAGUCUUCUGGAGAGGUGAGAAGAAGAGACGUAUUUGUAACGCUCAGCUGAAUCGUGAAUCUAGUCGCUCACACAGCGUGUUUCUAAUUAAAUUAGCCCAGGCUCCGCUGGAUGCAGAUGGAGACCGUGUUUUACAGGAUAAGAACCAGAUAACCUUGAGCCAGCUGUCUUUGGUUGACCUGGCGGGAAGCGAGAGGACAAACCGAACGAAAGCAGAAGGCAGCCGAUUACGUGAAGCAGGGAAUAUUAACCAGUCAUUAAUGACGCUAAGAACCUGUAUAGAAGCUUUGCGAGAGAACCAAACCUACGGGACCAACAAGAUGGUCCCCUAUCGAGACUCUAAACUGACCCACCUUUUCAAGAACUACUUUGAUGGGGAAGGAAAGGUGCGGAUGAUCGUUUGUGUGAACCCAAAGGCUGAAGACUACGACGAGAGUUUGCAAGUGAUGAGGUUUGCCGAGAUCACCCAAGAAGUGGAGGUUGCCAGGCCUCUUGACAGGCCUCUGUGUGGGUUAACGCCUGGGCGCCGGUUUAAGGAUCAGGCCUCCAGGGAGGAGCUCUCACAGCAGCUGGAGAUCCGAGGGGGCCCAUUUGACUUGGAGCGCGAGCGGUCUGCCACAGACAUGCUCUUGCAGAGCUUCCCUCCGAUGCCCUCCUGUGAGCUGCUUGACAUCAACGAUGACCAGACCCUUCCUCGCCUGAUUGAAGUGCUUGAGAAGCGCCGCCGCAUCCGGCAGACGCUGACAGAAAAGUUCAACAAAAAUGUGCUUUUUGUGAAGGGCAUGAUGCAAGACCUGGAGGCCGGCCUCACCUCUAGGGAGAGCUACGCUCAGGCGAAAAUGGCUGAAAAAGACAAAAUGAUAGGUGGACAGAAGACGGAGAUUGAACGGUUGGAGAAGAAAGCCAAGACGCUGGAAUAUAAGGUUGACGUUUUGGAGAAAACGGCGACCAUUUAUGAGGGAGAGAAGCGCAACCUGCAGCAGGAGCUGGACGCCAAGAGCCAGAAGCUGCAGCGUCAGGCUUCCGAGAAGCGGCGACUGGAAACACGGCUGCAGGGCAUGGUGACGGAGACCACGAUGAAAUGGGAAAAGGAAUGUGAGCGGCGGGUGGCAGCCAAGCAGCUCGAGAUGCAGAACAAGCUGUGGGUGAAAGACGAGAAGCUGAAGCAGCUGAAAGCCAUCGUCACUGAGCCCAAGGCCGGCAAGCCAGAGAGGCCUUCUCGGGAAAAGGACCGGCAGAAAGCAGGGCUGCGAUCGGUGUCGCCUCCACCAGUCCCUUUUUCUAGGAGCUGUGCCUUCACUCAGCUCCCUACUCAGCCGGCUGGCACAAGCGAGCCACGGCCGUACAGGCGCUCUAACUCCUGCGACAACAUUUCCGUGUCCUCCUGCAUCUCUGAGUGGGAGCAGAGAAGGCCUGCCCCUGGCAGCAGCUACCCCAGUGUUGGCGGCGGCACGCCCGCAGCCAGGAAUAGGAGGCAGGAGCCAGAGACGGCCAGGUCAUGUGCUGUGUCAGAGAGGAGGCGGGGCAUGCACUGGACUGGAGCCCUUCAGGUCCCCAGCGGUGGAGAGGGACUACAGAACGCUCCGCCAGUCCGCCUCAGGCAUCGGCGCUCCCGCUCAGUGGGGGAGAGGUGGGUGGACCACAAGCCCUCCUCCAACAUCCAGGUAGAAACAGUCAUGCAGCCCCAGGUGCCUCACGCCAUCACUGUGGCGGCUGCCAGUGAGAAAGCCUUGGCCAAGUGUGACAAGUACAUGCUGACUCACCAGGAACUGGCUUCCGACGGGGAGAUCGAGACCAGGUUGAUUAAGGGCGACGUUUACAAGACCAGAGGGGGUGGCCAGGCAGUCCAAUUCACGGAGAUCGAGACCCUGAAACAGGAGUCGCCCACUGGUCGAAAGCGGCGAACUUCUUCCUUGGAUCCUCCUCUGCCAAGUGAUGCUGCAGAGGCACAAUGGACAGAUGUAGAAACACGAUGUUCUGUUGCCGUGGAGAUGAAGGCCGGCUCAAGCCUUGGACCUGGGUACCAACAUCACGCUCAACCCAAGCGCAGGAAACCUUGAGAAAUGUUCUGCAACCUGUUCUGUUGUCCAAGGGAUCUUUUCAGACUGCCUGCUUCUACUGUUACUUCUUGACUCCUCCCCACCCCUCACAAAGCUGGCUGUCGCUCCAGACGUGUUCUUCUGGAUAGCGCAGCCUUCUUUUCCCUCUUGCCUUCACAAGUUUUUUGUAUUAAAAAUGCUGUUAUUUAUUUAGUUCUUGUGAAGUGUUUUGGAAUAUCCGGGUGCUAGUUUAGAAUGGCAGCCUCAGUUAGCACCUGCCUGUACUUUGUGUAGGAUGAAGUGGAGGGCGGCUGUUCCGGGCAGGGCCGCUGGGAUGUCUCUCUCCCUUCGCUUGUUGGUGCGAUUUGACACACGUUGCAGGAAAGAAACCUUUCGAUCCCAAAUGGCAAAUAAAAACUGGAUUAAAAGCA